UAAACUUUUUUUUUCACCAACUUUAUUAUUAUCGUCAAGAAAAUGGAAACAGAUCAGACACAGAAAGACGCUGUUCCUAAACCCGAAAAGAUGUUUACACUUAAAAAGUGGAAUUUAGUUGCAAUGUGGAGCUGGGAUGUAGAGUGUGACACCUGUGCUAUAUGUAGAGUCCAAGUUAUGGAUGCAUGUUUGAGAUGUCAGUCUGAGAAUAAACAAGAUGACUGUGUUGUUGUAUGGGGCGAGUGCAAUCAUUCAUUUCACAACUGCUGCAUGUCUCUCUGGGUCAAACAGAACAACAGAUGUCCUCUUUGCCAACAGGAGUGGGUAGUGCAGCGGACAGGGAAAUAACUUUGGUCACUCUAGAGCUGAUGUAUGAUUUUAUUUCUUAAUAAGGUUGUCUAAGAAUUUUAGCAUAACUGUUGAUGACAUCAGAAUGCGAGAGGUGUUUUUAUUGUAUAGCUGUUCGGUGUUGCUGCUGUGAAUUUCGCUACAUCUGGCUACUUUAUUUAAAAUGUGCACUUAUCGUUAUGUAAUGAUUAUGUAAAAUUAUGUAAUUAUGUAAAAUGAUGAACUUGUAAUAUUGAUCUUUAUCAUGUAUUAAGUAUCCUCCUUGUGGUUUUGAAGCUACAUGUUCAUAACUCUUCAAAAAUUUCUACAAGUUUCUCAAACUUGGUUAGCCAGACACAACCGUUAAGUCCUUAGAUUUCGGAAGGUUAAGCCACUGCCUUGAUGUAGUAGAGCACUUACCUGUAACAAUGGGGAAAAAAAUAAGUUCAACUCCUAGAGAAGUUUUUACUCAGAAUUUAAGACAUGUACUGCUUAGAUAUUAGAAACAUAACACUCAUCAACCUGACUGAUAUCAGUGAUAGAUCCUACUUUUUAUAUUAUGCUAUAAGACUCCAAAGAAUUGUCUGUUUUUGGAUGCAAGAGGUAGCAUGCAGUGAGCUAGUUUUAAAAGUACAGAAUAUAUGAAUGCUUUACAUGUUUAAAAUUAUUGCUAAUAUUAUUUGUUCCAUUUGUUUGACAUUUUUGCCUUUUUUUCGUUGUUUAGAGGUAUUAAUUUUUAAUGGUAGGCCCUGCUUUUAUUUAAAGGUCUAGCAUUUAUAUUUGGAAAUAACAUCAUAAGAAUUCAAGUUAAUAAGAGUCAAGUGUAUAGAAAGUAAGUCAUAAAUUUCACUACCCCCCCCCCCUCCAACACACUUAAAAAAAAAAGUAUUGUCUUCCAGACCUCAAGAGGCAGAAGAAAAUGUCUCAAUCUGUAAAUAACUUUAUUAUUUCGUUGAUUUCAAGUCACAUCCUUUCUAAAGCAGGAUGGAAAGUCCUGUCAACUCAUACUGAGCAAAUUAAAAGUUGUUUAUUGUGUUAUGUUACUAUAUCAUCUUUACCAUUACCAAAACCUGCGGCUAGGACAAAGUCCCAUCAUUAAUGUUGCCUUUACAAACCACACUUAAUGGGCUAGCUUGUAAUGAAUGUGUUGUGACAGACAUUCAGCUUUCUCUACUGAACUAUACUUUGGAAUGUACAUUUGUUGAUUUUUUUUUUAGUAAAAUAAAUACUCUCUCUUACAAAC